AUGCAACCAAGGUUGAUGGAUGGGGCUCCUUCUGGCUCCAAAGGGCAUUGUUCUACUAGUGGUUGGACAAACGGUGAUUUAUUUUUGAUGUGGCUUCAAUUUUUUGUAAAAAUAGUGCGACACACACCAGAUAAAAAAGUAAUUUUAGUCUUAGAUUACCAUGAGUCGCAUAAGUAUUACCAUGCUUUAAAAUUUGCUGUUGAAAAGCACAUUACAUUUGCUUCCUUUGUAUCUCACACAACGCAUAAAAUGCAACCAUUGGAUAAAUCUGAUUUUGGUCCCAUCAAAAAGUUUUUUGAACGAGAGAUUAAUGUUUUCCAAAAAUCGUAUAGUGGUCGUAUAAUUAAUCAAUAUGAUAUUGUUAAAAUCAUCAGUCCAGCUUAUUUAAAAGGAGCUACUCUUCUAAACGCAGUAAACGGAUUCAAUGCAACGGGACUGUGGCCUUUUAAUCCUUUUAUUUUUGGAGAUGACUAUGCUCCAGUAUCUGUUACUGAUAGAUCAAUAAUGAACUUGCCUGUUUCAGACUCACAUUUAUAUACCUAG